GUAUGCACGUCCACGCAAUUGUCGCAGUUGCAAAAACAUAUGCAGAGUGGAACAAUGCAUACAAAUUAUAAAGUCAUAGUUUACGCCGUGUUUCUAAUUUCUAUAUUGUGCAGUUCGACACUCUAUUGUGCCAUUAAUAAAAAUGAUGCUCAUAUAUAUUUUAAUGGAAAAAAUCUGACUAAGGCCACCACUAAUGAUGACAUCCUCGACCUGAGUGCCAUGAACAUCACAGGAAUAGCACCAGGAGCGUUUGCUGAUAACGAUGCCGUCAAGAUUCUUCGACUGAAUGAAAAUUUAUUAGUGACUUUAUCAAGUGCCACGUUUCGUGGAUUAAACCACGUCAAGCAUAUUAACCUUAUGGGAAACUUGAUUGAGCAAUUGGACGACAAUGCUUUCUCGUUUCUACCGGAUUUGGAGGAAUUGGAUCUGAGUGAUAAUUCACUGACUGCACUAUCCCCUGGGAUACCGAAGAGUCUACCGAAACUACGCCAACUUCAUCUGAAUGCGAAUAAACUUUUUCUAAUGGAAAAUAGUUUCGUUGGCCUUCAGGACUUGGAGUUGCUGGAAUUGACAUCCAAUAAUAUGUUCGAUUUGUAUGACGGUGUUUUUAAUGGACUUGACAAUCUUAAGCAUUUGGAUCUUUAUGGAAAUAAAAUAAGCGAACUUCGAAAAGAUAUUUUUCAAAAUUUGAGAAAACUGCAAGAACUUGACCUCUCGGAAAAUAUAAUUUGGUUGAUUCAUGAAGGUGCAUUUCAGGGUUUGAAAUCAUUAGAAUAUCUGUGGCUAAACGGAAAUCAAUUAUCAACUUUGGAAGAUGCCAAGAUUUUUCAAGGACUUAGGAAACUGAAAACACUUUAUCUGCAUCAUAAUCCCAUUUCUGUUUUGGACUUCAAUUGUUUUCGAAAUUUGCGUAGUGCUACUAUCGAACCAGGUUUCAGGAUAAACAAUAAGAUAAUUAUGAACAUAUCUGAUUUUAUUAAGACUUCAAUAUCGAAAUAUACAUGUGCAUUCGAAAAUUAUAAUGAGCCAUAUACUUGCCAUAUAAACAUUACAUUGACUGAUGCCAAUAACGAAAAAAUCAGAAAAUUCGGAAUUUCAGAUCUUUAACUAUUACAUUUUUCUUUGAUAUGAAUAUUGAGGUUCUUUGAGAAAUAAUAUAAAGUGUCUACGAUAUAUAAUGAAACUUUAUCUUUGUAUAAUGACGCACGCUGAGAAUGCCAUGGCUUCUUGAAUUUUACAGUAAAACUUCGUGAUUUUUAAAUCCCUUAGCAUUACAGUUACAUAGUUGUCCUUUGUUUGAAAAUGAAAAUCGGUGAACUUUUUUUUAACAUAUUUGUACAUGCGACUAAUUUAAUAGUGCGCUAUUAUUAGUUAAUAUAGAAGUGCGAGAAUUCGCGUAACAUUAGUUACACUUCGCACACAUGUCUUACGUUAAAUAUAGCUUACAAGGGUGUCACAGAAGCUAAUGAGAUCGCAAACGCGGAAGUGUUACACGCGUCCAAAUUAUUUAUAACUUACAUACUGAAAAUCAUAUAUUUUUAGAAUUGUCAAUGAUGGUCAAGCUGAAAGUAGCAGCUGAUAACUCCGAGCCGAUGAUCAUAAAACUUUAUUGUUGUAUUAAUAUUAUAUAUUACACUUAAAUAACUUUAUUAUAAAUGAAUGCAUCAUUACGAUCAAGUUAAAUUUUAUAAAUAAAAGGUUUACGAUUGAGACGAGUACGUAAGACUGUCUGCAGUUGUUUUUGAAAAAUUUUAAGAUAAGCCGCUUGUUUCAGCUCAAUUGAAUAAUAAAAUAAUAUUAAAGAGUC